AAAAAUGAAUACACUUUUUAUUAUCAUUAUUCUGAUACGGAUAACAUUCCAAAUGAUUGCUUUAGAAAGCGAUGCAAAGAUUGAUUUACCCAAGAUGGACUGUCCUGCCACCUUAAUGUUUGAGCAGAUUGCAUUUCUGCAGGAUAUGAAUGUUGAACUUCCUUGCCGAUGUAAGCCUGAUGGCACCACAUCAGUGAUAUGGUACUACAAAAGGCAUCUUAACAGCAAGCACAUCACAUUGUUUAAGGAUAGCGUCAAAGAUAAAGUGAUAGUGGAUAGUGCAAGAGAUAAGGACCAAAACGAUUUGUAUGCAAGGUUUGAUGUCAUCGACUUAGACCUCACGAUUGUCGGCGCCCAUCCUGAUGACUCUGGCAUUUAUAUCUGUGGCUCAAAGACAGGCGAGUUCUAUUAUGGUUAUGAACUUGAUAUCCAGCGAUCCACUGAUGCCCGAGUGAUAUUCAGUGACAAGGAUGAGCAACCCCUUCCAGAUAUUAAUACAGACGGAUUUCAAGCCUACACCAGUUUUGGACAAUGGUCCAAAUGCGAUCGAUGUGGAGUUAGAGGAGAGCAAAGGAAAUUGGGCCUGUGCACUGCCAGGAGCCCCUACAUGAAUCCACGUUUCCAAAUCAAAGGCGACGACGUUUCAUGUGGUUCAGACGCCGUCCCUGAAAGAUUCAAGCCACUGAUUGCCAAUCGGCCAGCGGAGAUAUUUUUCAGGAGUUGCGAAGUCGCCUGUGCCGAGAACAAACCAGGCAUGCUGGGAAAAGUUGUGAAUGCCGCAAACAAUCUGUCAGCGUAUUUGAAGAAACGCUUUGGUUUUCUUCCAACACACAAGUUGCCCACUCAGAAGUAUGUUUCUACUUUGGGUGGAAAAGUGACGUUUACAUGUCCAGGAUCAAAACCAGACGAUGCAGUAGCCUGGGACAAAGAUGACGAGAGAUUGUACCACAGCGAAUACCUGAUAGGAACAAGCAAAUACAUGAACCUUUUCAUUGACCAUGGGAACAAUCUACACAUUAAAUUUGCACAAUUCACGGAUAAAGGACUGUACACUUGCUGGCUUAACGGAAAGCAAAUAUCAUCUAUCAAGUUGACUGUGAGCAAAGAACCACCCAAGCGCCGCAAACUCACCGAUGCAGACACCCUUUUUGCUGCCAAGGUCCUUGGCUUCUGUUUUCUAGUCUGCACAGUAUUAUUUUUCAUCAUCUUUUUCAUCAAGUGUUGCUGCUACUACUGCAAAUGCUGUCCUAAAUUCAGUCCUGAAAAUGAAGUUUAAAAACUGCCAAGCCUACUAAGAUGU